AUGAAGGAGUCUAACCCGUAUGAGAAUGCAUCGGGUGCUGGUACCAAUAGCUCAACAACCCCAAUGACAAAUAACAAUCCAAAUAAUGACUCCAUAAAUACUCCUUAUAGCAACGCCCAUGGCAAGAGACAACAUUCACAACAAUCAUUUUCACAACAAACUCCUUAUAUCAACCAAUUGGAAUAUUUCACAAAUAAUCAAUUCUCAAGAUCAUUCAAUAGUUUAAUCUUGGAUGAUAUUGCUGACUCACACUCCCAUUCUCAAUCGAACAACAAUAACAACAACAAUAGCAGUAGUUCAUCAUCCAUUAGUAGAAAGACUAUAAAUAAAUCACCACCUUUUAACGUGAAACAAGAUUUGGUUAAUGAUAGUAUUGAUACGUUUUUGGAUAGUACUAAUAGGAUUGUUGAAGAUGAAGGUAACGCCUCCACUGAGGAUGAUGAUGAUGGUGAUUUCGAUGAUGAAGACAUUGAAGAUCCAGACGCUGUUCAAUAUACACCUACAUUGAAUAUUCUCAAACUGCAAAAGUUUGAUAGUUUUAUCCAUAAGAAUAACAACAACAAUCAUCUACGAAAAGCAUCAGAAGAAGAUUACACGUCAUCGUCGAAUACUACCAUUAAGAUAUCUAACAAUUCCCAAAGUUCGAUUAAAAGGUCAAAUAAAUUUUUGAACUUGUCAAUUGAUUCAAAAUUGAAAACUUUAGAUGGUGACAAGAUUCCGGAUGAAAUCGAUGAUAUCAGCUUACAUGAAAUUGAUGCCAAAGUUAAUCCAAGUGAUUUUUCUUCUCCAUUAUCCACUAGAAAAGUAGAUUUGUAUUCUUCAAGUAAUUUUAGUAUUGCCACUGGAGGGACAAACAAUACCAACAACCAAUUUAAACGUCCUCAUAAACUUGUUAGUCAAUCACCAUCACCAUCCUCCAAAACAAAACUAAGGAUAACUAAUACAACAGCCACAGCAUCAUCGUCAUCAUUGGCAGCAUCACCACAAUCUAAUUUAUAUUCACCAUCGAAAUUGGGAUUAAAAGGAUUUAAAAUGUUUAAAAAUGCUAAUAAAGAUGCAAUAAUAUCUCCAAAUAGAAUGACACCUGAAAAGCCCACAUUUUCAAGUAAGAUUUUUGGUAAAUCAAGCACAAAAAUAAGGCGAACUUAUACCCCUACACAUACAUCAACACCAAUAGUUCCAACCAAUCUACCGUCUUCAACAAGCACCACUAUCAGUAAUACCACCGCAAAUCCAACCAACAACGCGUCUUCAAUACUUAAUACUGCUCCCUCAACAAUUCCUCAGUUUGAUAAUGAUUCUGAUUUGGAUAGCCCGUCUAAGAAUAGGAAACUGUCAACAUUUUCGGGAUCUUCAAUUAUAAUAUAUCAAGACCAUGGGAAUAUGACCCAUCACGACCAUCCAAUAAAAUCCCAUCAUGUAAGAAAUUCAAGUAAUCCAAUACCAUAUCCACCAACUGAACCAACACUAAAUACAAAGAUUCUGAAUAACUCAUUGAAUGGUGGAAAUAAUAACAAUGCCAACAAGGGAGCCGGUUAUGACGACAAGGAGAACAAAACGUCUUACCAAUUUGUGAAACCUUUACAAACAGCAUUUAAUUCAUCUGGUUUAAUUAAAAAGAAUAGUAUAAGUUGUCAUCCAUCAGAAUCUAGAAAAUUACCACCAGAAACACCAAUUAAAAGAAAUCCAUUGAUGAUGCUAAAUAGGAAUGUUCCAUACCAUGGAUAUCUUGAAGAUCUGCAUGGCAAAGAAGAACAUCUGAUUUUGCAUAAUCUCCAUCAACAACAUGCCUUGGGUAAUACUGCCCUUCAUCAUGAAAGUGAUAUUUCUAUUGAAGUGGGAAGAAACAGUUCUUAUGAUGCCAAUGUCAGUGGGCACUCAACAUUGAAUAAUAGUUAUUUUAAAGUUAAUAAUACAACUAAUCCAUUAUCAUGUGAAAAGCCAUCAACAACAAUUGAUGUGAGCCAAACCCACCCAUUAGGAAAUCAUCAACUUGAUUUGGAUCUUGAUUUUCAUUCAGAUAUUGAACUUGAUGAUAAUAUUAUUCCCGAAACUCCCACCAAAAAGCCAAUCAUGGCCCUCCAUCAACAAUUGCAACAACAACAACAGCAGCAGCAACAACAACAAUCAGUGAUAGCGCCAAAGAGUCCGACAUUUUUACGUAGUAACAGAAGAAGAAAGAUUAAUAAUUUAACUUUAAGUAUAGACCAUGCUACUAAGAAAGAUAUUGAAAGUGUUAGAGAAGGACCUUCAACUCCUAUUAAUAUGGGAUAUUGUGGGACUGGAUUGGAUGGAGUUAUUAAUGGUAGUAAUGAUGAUUUGAUUAUUGCUCAACUGAUUAGUGCUUCAAAUUUAGGCAAUGAAAUGGAGCUUGGAUCACAUUCAUUAUCUAGUAAUUAUGCAAAUAAAAUUGAUGAACAUUUAGGUGAGAAAUUUGGAACCAAAAAUAUUAAAUAUAUUGGAAUGGGAGAAUUUUCAAUUGCAUAUGAAUGUGUGUUUAAUAAUGAGAAAUUUGCCAUCAAAAGAUCUAAGAAACCUGUUAUUGGGAAAUUAGAAGUCCAAACUAUCAAAAGAGAAAUUGAAGCUUUAAGAUGUUUGACAUCAAUUAAGGAUAAUGAUGAAGUCAAUAUGAAGGAACAAGAAGAAGGUAAAGAGUAUUUAGUUUAUUUUAUUGAAGCAUGGGAGUUUAACAAUUACUAUUAUAUAAUGACUGAAUUUUGUGAAGGAGGUACAUUAUUUGAAUUUUUGGAAGAGAAUAAACAUUACAAAUUGGAUGAAUUUAGAAUUUGGAAAAUUUUAAUAGAAUUGCUUAAUGGGUUGAAAUUUAUUCAUCUGAAAAAUUAUCUUCAUUUAGAUUUGAAACCAGCCAAUAUUUUCAUUACUUUUGAAGGAAGUUUAAAAAUUGGGGAUUUUGGACUAGCUACUAAAUUACCUAUAUUAGAGAAAGAUUUUGAUUUAGAAGGGGAUCGAAACUAUAUUGCUCCUGAAUUGAUCAAUGACAAGAUCUAUACGCCAUUUGCUGAUAUUUUCAGUUUAGGGUUGAUUAUAUUAGAAAUUGCAGCCAACAUCAUAUUACCAGAUAAUGGGACACCAUGGAGAAAAUUAAGAAGUGGAGAUUUAAGUGAUGCUGGACAAUUAUCAAGUGAUAAUAUCUCAAUGUUUUUGCAACACAAUCCUUCAACUAACAAUGGUACAUGUACCAGUACUAGUGGAGGAAGUAAUGAAGGAGCUGAUAGUGGUAGUAGUAGAGGAAGAUCAUCAAGUUCUACGAAUUUUAGUUGUAAUAGCAAUAGUUUACUGGGACAAUCGAUAUCAUUAAAUCCACCGGUUAAAUCAUUCAAAACAGUUGCAACCACUACUACAACAAAUACCUCACCUGUGAUUGUUUGUGAUGGGCUCAAUAAACAACAACAGGGAAAUCUUGAAGACUUGAUACCUAAUUGGGCUCCUGACUUCUUGGUCAAUGGCAAUCUGAUGAUUUUGGAUAAAUUAGUAAAUAAAAUGUUGAGACCUAAUCCAUUUGAUAGACCAAGUGCUGGAAAUAUUUUAGAAAUGGAAGAAUGUAUAAUUAUUGAAAGUAGAAGAAAAUGUGGUGCAACAAUCUUUGAAGGAGAAUUUGGUAGUCCACCUGAUGAAUUAUAA